AAACAUUCCAUCGCAUUAUACCGAGAGACGACCUAUCGCGCGAGAGGUGACGGAAAGCCAAGUGAAAGCGUAAUGCAAUAAGAUUCCUUCGAUUGUUCGCAGAAGAUUUAGAUUUGCGAGUCCUCAUGGCUGCUAAAAGGUCGUCAUCUGCUAGUCUAGAUUCAGCAUAUUCGAAAAAGGCCAAGUUCGAAAAAUUCGACGAGCUAAGGCAUCGACUGAUCGCUAACCAACAGUUUGGUAAAGAGAAUGUAGAUCUACUUGACUAUCAAGAUGAGAACAAGGACCCUUUGAAAGACUCGAAGUUUCCUAGAAAAUCCACGCGUUAUCCAUUCAACAAUCGACGAGCCAACAAACGCCGCAACCGAAAUCGUCACCUCGUGAGUUCUAUCCAGGUUUGGGAGCAUGACGUAUCAGAUCGGACCAAGAACUUCGGCAACAACCUGUAUAAUCGUAAGGACCAUCCGGGCACACGGCAGAAUUUCUGGCAUCAGUCUUUUUCUCGCGAUGAAUUGUCUUUCCAUCCUUAUCGUGAACUCGAUGCUGCCAGAAACCGAGUGAUAUCUUGGGAUGAUUAUCGAAUGUGGUCCAACGAACUCACCAGGUUUGACUACGGAGAAUUACCUUUCUAUCCUAAUCUUGACUUCUGUGGCGUUACAAACACGCUAUCUUGGCAUGAUCACCGGAGGACGUUUAAUGAACCCACGAAUUUCAACUUCAACCACAUGCAGACAGUUGACGCUAUGCAUCAAACUACAUUCGAACCAUCGAAUGCUCGAUCACAGGUUAUGCCUUUGGAUACGACUUCACCUUAUGGAACGCCGCAUCAAGUCGAGCCUGUUAAAAGCUCGCCAGCAUUAGCAGCACCAGCCCAGGCUUCGAAUCUCGAUCCCAUGGAGCUGUUCGAAAAAUUAGUGGAAUACGGUAUCGUUCCAAAGCCAAACACCGAGGAGAAAAAGCCCGAGGAAGAGACAAGGAACGAUCUUAUGGAGAAAAUGUUCGACACAUUCUUUCAACCUGGGACAGAACAAUAUUUAUGCUUACUGCGCUGCACGCAAAAUCCAGCUGCUCUGAUGGAACUUCACAGUGGAAAGCAGUGCGGCGAAUGCGGAGUCAGGUUCCAGAUGAAAAGAGAAGAAACUGACUCUUUUAAGAAUCACUUGGAUUGGCAUUUCAGGCAGAAUCGCAAGAGGAAGUAUUGUUGGGCACAGAAUGAUACACUGAAUUCGAGGCCGUGGUACUGUCGCAAAAACGACUGGAUUCAGCUCGAUAAAAUCGGAGAUUUUGAAAAUAUAAGAGAGACAGAGAUGAUGUUAAUGAUGGACGCGAAGAAGCAAGAGCCUAGUGUUCCUAUAAUGAACUUCGACGAUGAUGCUAUUUGUAAUCUGUGUAAGGAGUCGUUCGAGCAGUUCUUCAACGAUUCUGAUGAUGAAUGGCACGUCAGACCAGCUGUUGCUUUCGAGGGACAGAACUACCAUCCACGCUGUCUCGAAGAUUAUAAGAGAGAGUUGGAAAGGCCGGUUUCAACGCCAUGCAUAAGUAAAAAGGAAGAAAAGAUUGAAGGUAAUUGUGAAAAAAACGAAAUUGAAGAUACUUCUGACGAGAAGAAUGAAGAUGGCACUGCCGAAGAAAAAGCACCACACGAUGCAUCUCCAAUUUUCGAAAACGUUGAACUCACCGAAGAAUCGGUUACCGUAACAGUUAUACCAUUUUUAAGUUAUACCAGUUAUACCAUCGAUACCUGUUCCACCUUCCAAGUUCCAGACGAAUUGUGCAACUAAUAUUUCGACAGCUUCUAAUAAAACCGACGAGUGGAAGAAAGAGAAUAAGAUGCUAGCCGAGAGUCCUUUAGAAGUUGAGCCAAUGAAGCUUUUAUUGGUACCGGCAUCGGUCAAGCCAUCGUUACAGGGCAAAAAGCUGACGAAACAUCCUGCAGUUGAGAAAGGUGCCGAACUCACUGGACUUUGCUCGGUUAUGUAAAUCAUCGAGUCAUUUGCGCAAAAUUGAUGUUGAGGGUAUUGCCGUUAAUUAAGCGGUAUUUUUAGCUUUUGACAAUUGAAUACAGAUAGCUUUAUCAAGAAUUUUUUCUUCCAUUUUAGAAUUAGUUUGAAGACCGUUGUUGAAUUUAUGAUAUGUUUCGAAGAAAUAUUAUUUGAGUUUCAAAAACUCCAAUACACAAAUAUAUGUUUUUUAAUGCAA